UUAUAUAUUUUUUUUAAUAGUUGAAUUAGUUUUUCUAUUCGAGAAAAUACAUACAAUCAUUAAUAAAGAAUUCAAGUAAAUAAAAAUUUUGGUAAAAUCAGUGUUUAUAGAAUGGACUGCACAUCAGUGUUACCAACCUGUAAAGAAAGGACUACGCCGUGUUAUUAUAUUUUACAUAAUAUAUAAAAUAUCAUAUUUACACAUGUUAAUUGAAAAUUUCGCGAAUUACUUGUUAUUUGAAAUAAUUAAAACUUGCGAACGAAGUGUCAGAAACAAAUUGUUCGACAUAUUUCACUAUUUUAAUUACAUUAGCACUUGUGGUGUGUCCGUGUCAGCUGUUAGGAUUAUAGUUUAAAAAAUUGGAGUUUUAAUUACUUUUUUACGUAAACAAUAACAGCUUUGUGCUUGACUAUACAUGGAUAAUAUUGGUUGGAUAUUUUAUUAAUAAAUUUAGAAAGGAGGUUAUCGUAAUGAUUUAUUAUGGUUGAUAGAAUUUCCACGUAUAUCAGUGACUUUUAGAAUCGAGGCUAUUAUCAAUAACUUAAAUUAUUAUUUCAUGCCGAAUAUGAAAUCUGGGACGCUGUAAUGUGAUUAGCUAAUCUAUAACUGUGAAAAUUGUGAUAUCGUUAUAUUGAUUUAUUUUUGUUGAAUGUUGAAUCAUGGUUUUAUAAGUUUAUUAACCUUAUAAAAAAUAUGAUAUUCAUAUUGGUUUUUAUAUAAUUUUACGAUAAAACCCAUUGCAUUUUUAGUACUUUCGUUAAUAUUGUAAUUUAUAAUCAUGUUUGGUAGUUUGCGAAAUAAGUUUCAAACUGUGCAAGAAGGUAUCUCAGCUAGUAUUAGAGGACUAACUGCUAGCGAAAACCCAAGACAGAAAAAGUCUGUUAGUGUACGAGAUGUCAAUUAUCAUGCUGGAGCUGAUAUAUUGCACAGAUAUCAAUUACAAUGGAACGAGUUACAUGAACUGGCAGAGGAAAAUGCAGGAAAAGCUCAAGAAGCAGACAAACUUAUAGGAACUAUUUAUGAAAGACUUGAGCAAGAAUGGAAAAAUAUUACAUCUCUAAAUAGUACCUUAGCUUAUAUACCAAAAAUUAAUAAUGCAAUUCAAGAAUUAAUGGAUCAAAUAGGAACAUUGCAAGAGAUGUUUGAAGAAGUGGAGGGAGCUAUUUAUCGAUUGGAGGAUUUAAAUGAAAUAUUGGAUUUACAAAGUGGACAAUUAGAUCAUAGAUUUCAAUUAGCUCUAUACGAGGAAAAAAAACUUGCAGAGUUAAAUCUAGUUAAAGCAAAGUUGGCUGUUGAACAUGUUGAAAGAAUAUCGCAAUAUGAACAGAAACAACAGAAGAUGAUGAAAGAGAGACAAGAGACAUUUGAUGAGGUAUUCAAAGAGCAACUUGAAGAAUAUAAAGCAACAGGGUCUAUACAUAAAUUGCCAGUGACACAGCAAGGGCCUUCUUUAGAUGAGAUUGUCUUAGAUGUAGAUUCAACAACAUUCAAUGAUUUCUUAGAAAACUAGAAUUCAAUUUUUUAUAAUUAAAUGUUUAAUUCAUGAUGUAAAUAAUUAGAAAUUCAAGGAGGUAUAAUUUAUUUUUUAAAUUACAAAUUGUGUACAUAUUGUUCGAGAAAUAAAUAAUAACGUUACAGAAA